UUUCUGGAACCUCUUAGCUUCAGAAUAUCUUUAUGAGACGAGAAUCUGCGGCUUCGUUAAAUUUGCUGGGGAUUUAUAUGUAGUCGUCUCCCUUCAGCGUGGUCACCAGCAUCUUCCUCGCGAACGACGGAGCAGAAUGGCUGUGGCUGCGCUGCACUGCACUUACCGCAGAGUACCAGCACAGCUGCGAAAAGAAGUAGGACCUCUCCCUCCACGGCGAUUGUGUGCAGCCAGCCUCAGCCAGACUGUCAGUAAGGUAGCUGCAUCGAGGCAGAAGCACACUCUUCCCGACCUGACAUAUGACUAUGGUGCCCUGGAGCCCUACAUAAGUGCAGAGAUCAUGCAGCUGCACCACAGCAAGCACCAUGCAACAUAUGUCAACAACCUCAACGUCACAGAAGAAAAGUAUCAAGAGGCACUUGCAAAGGGUGAUGUGACAACACAGGUUGCCCUCCAGCCUGCUCUCAAGUUUAAUGGCGGAGGCCACAUUAACCACACCAUCUUCUGGACAAAUCUCUCUCCAAAUGGUGGAGGUGAACCACAAGGAGAGCUAAUGGAGGCAAUCAAACGGGACUUUGGCUCCUUUCAGAAGAUGAAAGAGAAGAUGUCUGCUAUUACUGUGGCUGUGCAGGGCUCAGGCUGGGGGUGGCUGGGUUUUGACAAGGAGAGUGGAAGACUUCGCACUGCUGCUUGUGCUAACCAAGAUCCUUUGCAGGGGACAACAGGUCUCAUUCCCCUCCUUGGUAUUGACGUAUGGGAGCAUGCCUAUUACCUUCAAUACAAGAAUGUGCGUCCCGACUAUGUGAAGGCUAUCUGGAGUGUAAUCAACUGGGAGAAUGUAAGCGAGCGUCUUCAGAUGGCCAAAAAGUAGAAGCUAAUGUACAUCAACCACUAGGACCUGGAUUAUAUGGUAGUUGCAAAUAACUGUUCUGCCUGCACUGAAACUGAUUUUUAAGAAUCAGACUUCAAACCUUUAGAACGUAACUGGCAUCAAAAUUGAUUAAACUGUCUCUAAAAUGCUUUUUUUCCUCUUUUUUUUAGUACAGAUUAAUUUUAUGUGGAAAACUGAAGCAAGCAGGCAAGCUCUUUGCAAUUGCUGUUUAUCACUGGUCUGUUCCUAACCACCAGUAAUUUUCAAAACGCACAAUGGACAACUUUAAUGUCAGAGCUGACUUUUUGCCACUCACAUAAAUGAUGGGAGGCACACGGUGUAAGAUAACAAGAGUGCAUAUAAAAUCAGACAAUGUUGCAGUCCUUGUAUUUGAUGUAUUAUAAUAAAAUAAAAGCAUUUCAGUUGUACAA